AUGGCGACAGGAGUCGAUGCAAAACUUCUUAAGUCCACCAAAUUCCCCCCGGAGUUCAAUCAGAAGGUUGACAUGCAGAAAGUCAACCUUCAGGUGAUGAAAAAGUGGAUCGCUAGCAAGAUCUCCGACAUACUAGGCAACGAGGAUGAUGUGGUUAUUGAGCUUUGCUUCAACUUGAUUGAAGGGUCUCGAUAUCCUGAUAUAAAGUCGCUUCAGAUACAGCUCACGGGAUUUCUGGAUAAAGACACGGCACCAUUCUGCAAAGACCUAUGGAAGUUAUGCUUAAGCGCUCAAACGAGCCCUCAAGGCGUGCCUAAGGAACUGCUCGAGGCCAAGAAGUUGGAAUUGAUACAGGAAAAGACGAAGCCCGCCGACGCCGAGAAGAUGCUGAAAGACGCGAGCAAGAAGCCCAUAGAUUGA